UUAGUCUUAAAACGGGUGGGAAAGUAAAUACCGUGUCCGGUGGGUAUUCUCAAGACCAACGGAUCUUUUAAGAAGUCUCGCGGUGAGAAGAAACAAACAAAACGCGUUGAGCUGCAUCACAGAUCAGUAACGUAUAAUUCGGUCAUUUUGGUGUAGCGGAUAUCGGUGUGUUAAUAUCUGUUUUGGUUUACCGUCCGUCAUCCAUUGCAUCAGCGACAACGUGCUGGAGAAAUCCAGAGCGCAGAGUCAGAGAAUAUACUGAGCUGAACUCUCACACACACACACACACACACACACUGCAGAAUGGAUGAAGGAGAGCUGGUGGAGUACUUCAGGACUCAGAUGAGCCAGGAUCCAGAUGUGGCCUCUGCAGUAGCAGCUAUUCGCUCUCUCCUGGAGUUCCUGAAGAGGGAUCGGAGUGAGACCAUCCUGGGCCUACGAGAGAACUUGACCAAAGCUAUCGGCAGGCUGCAGGAGGCAGAUUCGUCUGUGGCUGUGUCCUCGGGAGGAGAACUCUUCCUUCGGUUUAUCAGCCUCACGUAUCUGGAGCAUUCAGAUCUCUCCCAGUGCAAGAACAUGAUGGUGGACAGAGGGGAACUUUUCCUGAAGAAGAUUUCCUUGUCCCGAGACAAAGUGGCCAAACUCUGCCAUACGUUUAUUAAAGAUGGGGCUAAAAUCCUCACCCACUCUUCAUCGCGAGUUGUGCUGAAAGUUUUGGAGAGUGCAGUGGCUGACAAGAAACGUUUUACUGUCUACGUCACAGAGUCGCAGCCCGAUUCUUCUGGUCAACACAUGGCGGAACAGCUGCGAAGACUCAACAUCCCAGUCACAAUAGUGCUUGAUGCUGCAGUCGGAUACAUCAUGGAGAAGGUAGACCUGGUCAUUGUCGGUGCUGAGGGCGUGGUUGAAAGUGGAGGGAUUAUAAAUAAGAUCGGCACCUACCAGAUGGCGGUGUGCUCCAAAGCGCACAACAAGCCGUUUUACGUCGUGGCAGAGAGUUUCAAGUUUGUGCGCCUCUACCCGCUCAACCAGCAAGACGUCCCUGAGAGGUUCAAGUAUAAGGCGCAUACGCUGAAAACCGCAAAGGAUUUUAACCAGGAGCAUCCGAUAAUCGACUACACACCUCCGUCACUCAUCACCCUACUUUUUACCGACCUAGGGGUGUUAACACCCUCGGCGGUCAGUGACGAGCUCAUCAAGCUGUAUUUGUGAUGCUCUCGCCCUAAGGGCUAUUUCAGAGACACACAGUCAUAUCAAGAUCCUCCUGACCUUGAUGCAAAUCCACGAUGGCCAUCUUUGUUUCAUUCAAAUGUCCUUCAUUUUAAAUAUUCAGGUCGGUCCAGAAUCCAUGUACCAGAUAUACAGAUGAAAACUUUUUUUUUUAUGUGUGUAGAAGAAACUUGAAACAUGGCAGAUAUCAUGGACACUGUGCAUCUUUCCUACUUAUAAAAAUAAUAAAAAAUAAUGACGAUAUUUUA